CGUGCACGGUUGGCUGUCCGGAACAUCCGGAACAAUUGGAACUGCAACCGAGUAAGACAGAACAGGAUCGGAACACUGUUCUGGACAUGUGCAGCCUGUCCCGCCAGAAGAGGUGGUGUGAGUGGAACAAUGACGUAAGCAAGAUGGCGACAGCAUGGUGAGUGAACUACGAUCGUCGAUGUAAAAAACGCCGUAAUGGUGCAGGUUAACGUCUGAUAAGUGUUCUUGGAGUAUUAUUAUUUUUGUGUGCGUACAGUCGAUCACUUGUGCAAAUUUGCGUCAAACGAUAUCAUUUUAAAACCCGUGCCAACUGCCAAACCCUGUGAUCAUGUGCUUCUCAAAAGCAUUUGCAUUAGGCCUAGCUAGGCUAUAAAUUUUGCAAUAAUAUUCCUGUCUAAUCUAAUGUUUGUUUGUCAUUUUGUAGAGUUCAACUCAAGAUUCCCUUAUAGCCAAGUGGACUUGCUUUAUGUGUAAACAACACCCGACAAUCUACUCCUUAGAAGCAUUUGAGGAACAGGAAGAAAGUAAAAAAUAUAUUCCGUUGUUUGUUGACGGAAAUUAUAGGAUAUUCCUUCGGUGCACCCUAUGUAAUAAAACAUUCCAUGCACACUGUGCCAUCUACGACACACUAGAAUUGCUGCAGAGAGAAACAGCUGAUUUAGAAAUUUUAUGCAAUCCCUGUGCAAAUGGAUAUGGCCAGCAAUAAAAGUGUUAAGCUUCAAAUCAAUACACCAAGUGGCAGUAUUUCAGCAUACAUGGAGCCAGAGAUGGCCGAAUACUACAGAUCUAACAGUGAAGCCCUUGGAUCCCUUGUUAAGGAGCAUCUUCAGAUGUCUACUACAUUUGAUGGUGCAGCCAAUUCUAUCUCAAGCCCUUCAUCAAGGUCAACCAAUGUCAUCAGCCCAAGCUCAUCUUCUGUCAUCAGACCAAGCCCAAGCUCAUCUUCUGUCAUCAGACCAAGCCAAAGCUCAUCUUCUGCUGUCAGACCAAGCCCAAGCUCAUCUUCUGCCGGCAGAGCAAGCCCAAGCCCAAGCCCAUCUUCUGUCAUCAGACCAAGCCAAAGCUCAUCUUCUGCUGUCAGACCAAGCCCAAGCUCAUCUUCUGCCGACAGAGCAAGCUCAAGCCCAUCUUCUGUCGUCAGACCAAGCCCAAGCCCAUCUACUAGCACCUCUUCAACAGAUACAGAGGGUUCGGGAUGCGGUGCAUGGAACAGAAGUGCAACAUUACUUCUCCUAGAAGAUUAUAGGAUAAUCUCGAAGAAAGUUGAAGCUGGUCAAAAAACAAAGAAAUCCAUGUGGAAUGAAAUCUCAGCAAAUCUUAAGAAAAGGGGUUACAGCUAUACACCAGACCAAGUUAGUGGAAGAUUUAAGACUUUGGUAAGGGGUUAUAAAAACUUCAAAGAUCAUCAGAAGAAAAGUGGGAAUGGAACAAAAGCUUUUGAAUAUAAAGAAGAAAUGGAAGAAUUAUUGGGGCAAGAUCCUGCAGUUGUACCAGUAAUAACACUGUCCAGCACAGCACAGAAUGCUACAGAUAUUGAUGAUAGUCUAGACUCCAGUAGAGACGGAGAUGAAACUGAAGAUACCACUAGUGCAGCAAGUAAUGCAACAGUCUCUGAAUCUUCCAAGAGAAAGAAGCCAAAUACAAAUGAUCCUGUCGAUGCAAACAAGAAAAGAAGAUGUUCCUCGAGAGCUGAUGUUAUCCAGUCUUUAAAUGAUUUUAUGAAAAAUCAAGAGUCAGAAAAUGAAAAGAAAGAAGCUCGACAUAGAGAAAAACUUGAUGUCUUGAAAGAGUUGGUGGGAGCUUUAAGCAAGAAAUGAUUUAUGUUUUUUACUUUAAUACCGUUAUUGGGGAAAAUGGACAGACAUCAAGUUUAAGGAGAGAUCUGGUAUCUUUUUUGUUGUUGUUGUUUAUAUUUGAUUUUUUAUUGGCCUCUAAAAGGUUGUAGAGAUCGAGAUUUGAUUGAAUCGUUAGUUUACAUGUUUUUAGUUCACCUGGUCCCUUGAGCAAAGUGAUCUUUUCUUGUGGUGCAUCAUCUGCCUGUCAUCAAUAUUUAUCUUUAAAAAGACAUUUUGGACAACAAAGUUUGCAAACAGAUGGCCUUGACCUAUAUUACAGGUCAUGUGAAAGGGAGGAGGGUGGCAAUUUUUAAUUUGUGAA